GUGUGUUGGGUGACCGAAUGGGUCGUGCUGUGCUACAACUAUGUGUUACAGCUCUUCGACCGUAAAGUUUAUUACGAUAUCGAGUAGUUUUUUUAAUUUGUAAAAAAUAUCACUACGUGACUUCUUAUAUCUAUUUCCAUUUUUGAGUGUUGCCAAAAUCAAGAAAACAAUGAUUCCUAAUCUUUUAAAAGGCUUUUGCUUUGUAAUGGUACUUGAGAGUUUUCUUGGACGAACUACUGGAGCAGAAUUGGGAGACAGUUGCUCAUCUAAUCAAGACUGUAGAACAGAAUUCAGCAAAUGUCAUAAAGAGUCGGAGACUUGCACUUGUUUGCCAUAUUAUGCAAGGAUGAAUGACACGUGUGUACAAUCCACACUUUUAGGAUUCGAAUGUGUUGUCGACGAACAAUGUUCAAUGAAAGUCGCCAAUAGCAGGUGCAUAAACAAUGUUUGUCAGUGCGAAUCAAAAUUUUGGCAGUACCGAAGGCACACCUGUUUGAGUCCUGCCAAAAUGGGUGAAGUAUGUUAUAGUGAUAUACAUUGCACAAUGUGGGAUGAAAGAAACAAAUGUGAGUUUACCAUACCAGGCGUAUUCGGAUUUUGCGUAUGUGAUUCUAAUUCUCAAUCUGACUGUCCGUCUAAGGGACAAGAAACGGUUCUGGCGAAACCAGCGAAUUCGGUGCUUAAGUAUCCGUUCGGGAAACCAGACUUUAAGAAAAAGGUGCCGUAUUUGAAACGGCCAACUGCGACCACAACGACAUCAGAGCCAACAAGACCGACUAGUAGGCUACCGUUGAAAAAACCUAUUUUAAAAACAAACAAAACAAGUGAAAUAAAAAAUUAUUCAAACCAGCCGAUUAGCACCCAAAAUCCGAUUUUAUUUGUAAACCUUACUUCAACGCCAACAUAUUCACCCGUUAAGUAUUAUUUAAAAAAUCCUUUAAAGGAUUCUCAAAAAAAGAAUCAAACAAUCGAUGACAAUCUUACGGCGAAACCGUAUAAGAAACCAUUAAUUAACUCAGGUUUAUUGACGAGGAAAGGCGACUCCAAAAAACGAAUAAGCCUGGGAUUUGUGUGCUCUACUGAUGCACAAUGUAUGCAGAAUGAUAUAAAUUCAAGAUGUAUUCAAGGCGUAUGUGAUUGUCAGUUCAGUAACAGCACAACAAAUCUACAGUGUUCAGCAAAGAAUCGUGGAUGUUUACCGAACACGUUCCAGUGUCGGUCAAGUGGGAAAUGUAUAAGUUGGUUCUUCGUGUGCGAUGGCCGGAAAGGCGAUUGUGGCGAGGACGAUAUCUCUGACGAGGAAUGCUCGGGAAGCCAACAAUGUCCGAGCACUUCAUUUAAGUGCAGGUCUGGCAAUGGUAUUAAAAAUGUCUGUGUGUCGAGAUCAACACGCUGUGACGGAAUUCAAAACUGCCCUUACGGCGAUGACGAAGAAGGGUGUAAAGCUGUUGGACACAAGGAGUGUCCACCGUAUACGAUCCAGUGUGGAGAUGGCCGUUGCUUGCCCGAGUAUGAACUGUGCAAUGCUGUGGUAACGUGCGCAGAUAAGUCAGACGAACUGGAAGGUUUAUGUGUCAGUGGCGUACAGGUGACUACCAAUAAAACGGUAUCUAUAUUGCCACGGGCUCGUGGUCCACCAACUGAUCAUUGCCCGUUCAGAUGCAAAAAUGGUAGGUGCCGAUCCACUGCUGUAUUGUGCUCGGGCCGAGACGGAUGCGGCGACGGCUCGGACGAAUCUGGCUGUUCGGUCUGCAAAUGUCCGUUAGCAGUUUCGUAGUACAUGGCGUUAUCGGCAUCAGAACAAGCGUACCUACAUAAUUAUUUACAGUCGAUAGAUCGUAAUGAAAUGUAUACUACGCACGUGUAAUUUUGUACAUAAUUGAAUAUUAUACAAUUUUAUAAUAAUUUAUUAUUUUUACGUGUGAAGUUUUUUUUUCCUAGGUUAGUAAUAUUUAAUAUUAUUGUAAAUUGCUUAGAAAAUGAUACGUAAUCAUUUAUUGGCAUUAUGUAAAUAUAAUUAAAUAAUCACGAACUAUUUUUUAAUAGUAUGUGAAUGAAUAGUUAAAUGCUAAAGCUCUUACAUUAAUUUUUGUUUUGGCGUAUUUUUACUGGUAACAGUAUAUUGCGCCGACUGAUUUUUCUACCUGAAAGCGUCAAAGUGCGCCGUUAAUGUCAUCUUAUGUUAUUAUGGGAUAGCAAAUUGUACCAGAAAUAUUGUCACAGAACCUACCCACCCAUUUAUUAAGAGUAAAGCAUAGGCAAUAUUGCCCAAAAUCUUAAAUUAGAACUUAAAA